AGAGGAUCAGAACUCAAAUUGAAUUGAAUCGGAUUAGCGCUAAAGCUCUCCUGCAAAAGAUACUAUACUAUUCUCAUUCGCUUUCUUUGUGAUUCCUGAAUCCACAUAUAAUACGUGUAAGUAAUUCUUCUCAGGGUUCAAAUUCCUAUCCCUAAGUUUCCGUGUUUAUUUUCAGCUGGGUGUGUAUCAGAUUUUGAUUUCGUCAAUUUCAAUCUUGUUGGGUCUAUUUCAGUGUAUAUAAACUCAUCUGAGUCGGUCUUAGAUCUUGUUUGUAAUAGCCCUUGUUUUGGUGGGUGCCUUUCGCUGUGUAUAAAUCCAUUUACGUGUUGCUCAAAUUUGGGUAUCUUUCGAUCCAAUUGGGCAUUGCUUACAUUUCGUUUUUUGAUAAUUCCCAUAUUUUUGGGUGUCUUUCACAGGAUCACCAUUUUUCUGGGUGUUCUAUAGUUUGUCUUUUUAUCAAUCCCCAAACCUAAAUUGGUGUUUAAAGCGUAUAGCAAUUCAUCUGUAUCCAGAUUUGGUGUUUUUUUAGUGCCAGAUCCAGUCCCAAUUUUCUGCAGUGUUUCUUGGCAAAUUCCCUUUUGCCUUAUCCUUUGAUUUGUUUGUUGCCAAAAAAGCUAGAGCCAUGGCUCUCCAUAUUGGGUCCCUUGGAGGUAUUUCAUCUUCCAAUAAGUCAUUAACUUCUGACACAUCUGAGGCAUCGGGGACUCUUGUAACGGCUCAAUGGAAGCCCUCUACGGGUCUGAAUUGCAGAACCCACAGGCCCAAGACAGAAUUUGAUUCAUUACAAAUUACAGCAGCUUCUCCUCCUGUAAGCCCUUGCGGCCCUUCUCCUCCUGUAAGCCCUUGCAGUCCUUCUCCAACAUCAGAUGACAGAUUUAGAAGGUUUUUCCAACCUCAAUAUAACCAAAAUAACUCGCUUAGGCCGGAUUUAUCUGUAGCCUGCAAAGCAUUUGAAGUCCAAACGGAGGCUCCUCCUGCCAGUGCUGAUUGGCAGGCUGAAGCUGUUCAUCAGUUUGAGAAAAGUUAUGAAGGAAUAGAGCAUGUUUUGGCUCCUAGCACUGCAAGAAAGCAUGAUUCGGGGAGAGUCCCGGUGUUUGUUAUGCUUCCUCUGGACAGUAUAACUCAUAACAAUACUGUCAAUAGACGGAAGGCGAUGAAUUUCAGUCUUCAGGCCUUGAAGAAUGCUGGUGUGGAGGGAAUUAUGAUGGAUGUUUGGUGGGGACUUGUUGAACGAGAGGCCCCGAGGCAGUACAAUUGGUCUGGCUACAGAGAGCUUCUUGAAAUGGCAAAAAAACAUGGAUUGAAGGUGCAGGCUGUUAUGUCAUUCCAUCAGUGCGGAGGAAAUGUUGGAGAUUCUGUUACAAUUCCUUUGCCCAAAUGGGCGGUUGAAGAAAUAGAUCAUGAUAAUGAUCUGGCCUACACAGACCAGGAGGGAAGGCGAAAUUACGAGUAUAUUUCACUGGGAUGUGAUGAGCUUCCUGUAUUGAAAGGUAGAACACCUGUUCAGUGCUAUGCAGAUUUCAUGAGAAGCUUCAAGGAGAGUUUCCAGGAUCUUCUUGGGGAAACUAUUGUGGAAGUUCAAGUGGGGAUGGGACCUGCAGGGGAGUUAAGGUAUCCAUCUUAUCCAGAGGCUAAUGGUACAUGGAGAUUCCCUGGCAUUGGCGCUUUCCAAUGCUAUGAUAAGUAUAUGAAGGCUAGCCUGAAAGCUGCGGCCGAAGCUAAAGGAAAAGAGCAGUGGGGUUAUGGAGGACCAAGCGAUGCUGGGCACUACAACAAUUGGCCAGAGAAUACACCCUUUUUCAAGCGUGAUGGUGGCUGGAAAACUGAGUAUGGCGAAUUUUUCCUAGAGUGGUAUUCCGGUAUGCUCCUUGCCCAUGGAGAGAGAAUCCUAACAGCAGCUGAAACAAUUUUCCGUGGCACUGGUGCUAAACUCUCUGCUAAAGUGGCCGGUAUUCAUUGGCAUUAUGGCUCCAGGUCUCAUCCCCCUGAGCUUACUGCUGGGUAUUACAAUACCCGAUCGAGAGAUGGGUAUUUACCUAUAGCCCAAAUGUUUGGUAGACAUGGAGUUGUUUUUAAUUUUACUUGCAUUGAAAUGAAAGAUUAUGAGCAGCCAGGAGAUGCCCAGUGCUCACCAGAGAAGCUUAUCAAACAAGUUGUUCUUGCAACAAGAAAAGCUGGGGUUCCUCUUGCCGGGGAGAAUGCUCUUCCAAGGUUUGAUGAAGGUGCACAUGCUCAGAUUCUUAACAGUGCAAGUCUUCGAUUGCCAGAAGAUGGGGGAAAUGAUAUGACUGAUCCUAUGUGUGCCUUUACAUAUUUGAGGAUGAGCCCGCAGUUGUUCCAGGAUAAUAACUGGAGGUUGUUUGUAUCAUUUGUAAGGAAAAUGGGUGAAGGAAAGGCCAACUCAUGGGAUCAAGAACACAGAGAUACAGAGCGUUUUGUACAUGCUACUGUGCCUCUAGUCCAGGAGGCUGCUGCUUUGAUGCAUGGUUAAACUCAAGUAAACUCCCUCUUAAAGGGUUUCAGACUUGUAUUGCUUUUGUAGUUUCAUAGAGGAGGUCCUGAGACGCACAUAAAGCUCAUUUCCAUUGAGCUGCUGCUGCCUCAUUCUUCUAUUUCAUGAUGGCAGUCAAAUUUAUCAAUGCAUCUCAUAGGUAUUUUAGCUGUUAUUAAAGAUAAUGAUGAUAAUGUUGUAAGUUUUUUCAUCCCAUGGAGAUGAAACAUCGUAAAUUCUCACUCUUUCAAUGAAAAGACAUAAUGAAAGUAUAAUUCUGGCAAAACUUGUGCCAAGUCUACAUACGGCACAUUGGGUGUUCA